AUGAAGCCAAUUACUGCUUGUGGCACAUCUGAACCCCUCAGCGAUUCUCAACAAGCUUCAAAUGAACAGCAAGAAUGUAGCGUGGCUUCUCUAACGAACGGCAAUUCCUUCGAAAGUUCCCAUCAUCCCGUUUCUUUCGAGCUUGAUUUAUCGGGAAAUUUUCAAUUCGUUAGUGAGAACUCUUCUGAUUUACUAAAUGUUCCUCAGGACGAAGUUGUUGGCCAUUCAGUAAAAGAUUUUUUGGGUAAAACCGGAUUGGAUGCGUUCACUAAAGCUGCAAAAUGUCUGUUAGAAGAUGAUUCUCAUAGCUAUCAUGUUCGAUUGAAACAUCCUUCGAGAAUUUCUCUUACACAGCACCCUCAUGCACCUAAUCAUACUUCCCCUCUCACUUACGAUGACAGUGACCUUCCUGUUGAGCAAUUUGAUGCAGUAGGUAUUUUGAUUCGUAACUCUCAUACAAAUACGCCUGUCCAUACAAUGUGGGUGGCUCACCCCGUUACCAAUAACACUAUAGACUCGAAGUUAUACGCAAAUAAGGUAUUGGAAGUCAUUGGUCUGAGCGCUGGUCUUCUCGACCAGUAUUUAUCUUCCUUGCGUGAAUCGUUCUUUAAAACUGGUGAUUUACAGUCUUUACCUCUUCCGCGGCCCGAGUUUUGUCAAAUUUGCGAAAGAAAUAUUCAGUCAUGGUUCUUUGAGGUUCAUUCUAAGCUUUGCUUAAUUACCAGCACUUUUGAAUCUAUUGUACAAUCUGCCCAAGAUUCUCUGCUUUAUUUUCGAUCUACCUUGUUACAGAUCCAAAAUGAAUUAUUCGAAAACCCUUCUUUAAUUCCACUUUAUAAAGAUGAACCGUUGAUUUUAUAUCCUGAUUAUGACAUGUCAUCUUUAUCCAUUCCUAAGGAUGCAAGAAAUGAGUUCUCCGUCUCCUUCUUGUCCGCCUUCCUGGAUCAAAUAACAUACUAUCUGAACUUGGUUAUAGACAUAAGCAUACCUCCCGUGAAAGUCAUUGUAAAUUUCAGUGAUGUGGAAUCUCUUCGGUUACAAUCCCCUAAGUCAGAAGUUUCUACAGACGAAUUGCAAAACUUCACACCCUCUCUUCAAAACUGCUCGCAGGCAGUUAUAAAUCUUUGGAAAGAUUUAAGAAAUGCAUUCGAUAUGAAAGUUAUUGGAAUUACCCGUCUAAAGAACGCUGUGUACUACUCUGAGCGGAUUCGAUUGGAAGUAGACUAUCAUGUUCAAGAAGUGAUUGAUAAUGUUGUUUCUGAAUUGUCGUCGUUGCAGGACUCAAAUUACGUGGAGGGUCUAACAUUAGACGCUCCUACUAUAGCUGCCCCAGGAGUCGAUGUAAAUGCAGUUAAAGAAAUUAAUCCACAAUUCAAACAUGAUACUGAAUUUACACCUUACUCGGAUUCGAACUCAGAUCUUUCUAGGUCCUCCUCAUGUUCUCUACUUACACAAUGCCAUCCGUAUUGCUUCACUCAUGAUUCCGAUUGUUGUUCUGCUCCGGUGAAUGAGGUGCCUGACAUUCAUUCACCUUUUCAGCGUCUCAAAGUGUCAGAGCCAUGUUGCUCUGAUCACAAGUUUGAAGAAUCGAGGUUCUUGUCUCCAAAUUCCAGUCCUCGGUUUUUGGCUUCUGAUGCUUCAGGUCAUAGCUUAUCGCUAAACGCUCGUACAUCGCUGAAUUCACGUGGACGGUCGAAUAACCUAUCUGAAAAGGAUUUACGACUUCCCUCUCCAUCUCCUCGCAUACAUACAAUUCUGCCUUCAGCUACUCAUCAUAAUCCUUCGAUUAAUGAUUACAAAAUUCUCAAACCAAUUAGCAAGGGUGCCUUUGGUUCUGUCUAUUUGGCCCAAAAAAGAACGACCGGUGAUUACUUCGCCGUCAAAAUUCUAAAGAAAUCUGAUAUGAUUGCUAAAAAUCAGGUGGUGAAUGUGCGAGCUGAGCGUGCCAUUUUAAUGGCUCAAGGAGAAAUUCCUUUUGUUGCUAAAUUGUAUUAUACAUUUCAGUCUAGAGAUUAUCUUUAUCUUGUUAUGGAAUAUUUAAAUGGAGGUGAUUGCGGAUCGCUUUUGAAAACAAUGGGCGUGCUAGAAUUAGAUUGGAUUCAUAAGUACUUAGCAGAGAUCGUUCUAUGCUUGGGUGCUCUACACAACAGAGAAAUUGUUCAUCGUGAUAUCAAACCAGAAAAUUUGUUGAUUGCUCAAUCAGGCCACCUCAAGCUAACGGAUUUCGGAUUAAGCAGAGUGGGGUAUCUGAAUAGGCAAAACAGGAUUGAUAGUGAGUCGAGCUUUGCACCUAAUUUAGCAGAAUGUACGGGUUCUUUGUCGGACCUCUCAUUAAGUACUGCUUCAUCUUUGUUAGAUACACAUUCUGUGGGUGCUUCGGAGUCGCCUAAACGUCCUACACUCAAUGAAAGAUUACUAUCAUUAGAUGGAACAAGUAUCAGACUUGCUUCUCAAAGUUUUAGCCUUGAAAACGGGUCCGAAGAUUUACUCCUUGCUGGUAGGAAGUCUAAUGCUGUUAAUAGUAAUGAUGACAAUCGAAAUCAAGCUACUGAUUCACCUAAGAUUCAACCUUUUCUUGAAAAUGAUGAUUCCUUUAAGAGAUUUAUUGGGACUCCAGAUUACAUUGCCCCUGAAGUUAUUUUAGGUAAUCCUGGGAUUAAAGCAAGCGAUUGGUGGUCUGUAGGCUGUGUUCUAUUUGAGUUUCUUUUUGGCUAUCCUCCCUUUAAUGCAGAUAGCCCAACUGAAAUUUUUAAGAACAUUAUCGCUCGAAGAAUUGCAUGGCCUAGCAACACUAACUUUCAUGAGUUAGGCGAUGCUGUGGAUUUAAUUAAUCGCUUGCUGUGUAUGGAACCAUCUGAGAGACUGGGAGCGGGAGGAGUAGAAGAGGUUAAAUCGCAUCCAUUUUUUAGAGGUGUCAAUUGGGACAAUGUAGUAAACGAGGAACCUCCUUUUGUUCCGAAACCUUUUGCGCCUGAUGAUACAAUUUAUUUUGAUUCUAGAGGAUUAGAUGAGCUUGACUAUAGUCGUUACUACACGCAGCCUUCUGAGCAAACUCGUCACAAAGAACCUCUCUCUGAAACUAUUGCUUCUUCAAUUCCUCAGCAUCUUAAAUUGAGUGAAAGGAAAAAUCGAAUGAGAAGUAAUACCGUAGAUUCGGCACCAGAGUUUGGGAGUUUCAGCUAUCGUAAUUUAGAAAUCUUAGACAAAGCCAAUCGGAGUACCAUCCAGAAGCUCAAGAAGGAGCAUCAAAAUAACACACCUACGGAAGCUUCCAUCGAAGAUAUGCACGAGUAUAUGACAAAUUUCAAAAAUAGAUACACGUCGAAUUCUUAUUUAAGCGAACAUACAUCUCGCCGUGCUUCAGUUGCUGGCAUGGAGACGCCUGUAGGAACCCGAUCAAGGGACGAGUUUUCCUUGGAUACGAGUUCCACGGAAAGCGCAAAUGACUUGAACCAUACAAGAAUGGUUGCUUACUUUAAUGGUCUCCAGUUCGAUGAUGAAGAAGAUCCCUAG